AUGACACAGCUUUUAUCAUUGCAGGAGGCAGAGGGGAUCAAUGCCACGUCCACCCCGUCUCCAGCUGUGGCCUCAGUGCCCGCCACCUUGCCUAACACCAGCAGAGAAGAGAGCAUCUGCUUGGCCCAGAGACUGCAGACCGCCAUCAUGUCUGUCCCAAAACAGGAGGAGAACAGAGCAUCCACUGUGCCCGGAGACCGCAGACCCCCAUCAUGUCUAGUCCCAAAACAGGAGGAGAACAGAGCAUUCUCUGGGCCUGGGGGAAAUGGACACCCAUCACCAGUCCUAAGUCCACAGGAGAACAGAACAUGCUCUGAGCCCAGUACAAAUGGACCCCCGUCACCAGUCCUAAGUCUGCAGGAGAAUAGAGCAUCCGCUGAGCCCAGGGCAAAUGGACUCCCAUCAUUAGUCCUAAGUCUGCAGGAGAACACAGCAUCCUGUGAGCCCAGGGCAAAUGGACUCCCAUCAUUAGUCCUAAGUCUGCAGAACAGAGCAUCCUGUGAGCCCGGGGCAAACGGACCCCCAUCACUGGUCCUAAGUCUGCAGAACAGAGCAUCCUGUGAGCCCGGGGCAAACGGACUCCCAUCACUGGUCCUAAGUCUGCAGGAGGACAGAGCAUCCGCUGAGCCCGGGGCAAAUGGACCCCCAUCACUGGUCCUAAGUCUGCAGAACAGAGCAUCCUGUGAGCCCGGGGCAAACAGACUCCCGUCAUUGGUCCUAAGUCUGCAGGAGAACAGAGCAUCCGCUGAGCCCGGGGCAAAUGGACUCCCGUCACUGGUCCUAAGUCUGCAGGAGAACAGAGCAUCUGCUGAGCCCAGGGCAAAUGGACUCCCGUCACUGGCCCUAAGUCUGCAGGAGAACAGAGCAUCCUGUGAGCCCGGGGCCAACGGACCCCCGUCACUGGUCCUAAGUCUGCAGGAGAACAGAGCAUCCUGUGAGCCCGGGGCAAACGGACCCCCGUCACUGGUCCUAAGUCUGCAGGAGAACAGAGCAUCCUGUGAGCCCGGGGCCAACGGACUCCCAUCACUGGUCCUAAGUCUGUAAGAAGACAGAGCAUCGGCCGUUCCAGCGCCCACAGACCCUCAAAGCUCUUCCCACCACCUCCUCACAGGGGGCUUUCUCUACGUGUCCUUCUCUCAUUUUCUGGAUUAAAAGUUUUUUCUCUCCCAUCUGUCUACUCUUUGAGAGUCAUACCCUUGUCCUCUCUAUAGUUUCCCAGUGGGACCACGUAUAUUUAUAACUGUCUGCUUAGAUUCAGCAUGUGCGACGUCACGAGCUCCCGUCCUGCAGCCCGUGAACAGCUUGGGGCCUUUGCCCUGGUCCUACAGUCCACACGUUCCUACGCACCCACUCCCCUUUGCACCGCAGCUUGCCUGCUCUGGCUUCACCGUUCGUGUCUUGCCGAGCCCCCCUCUGCUUUUGCUUGUUCGAAAAUGUCUGUGUUUCAUUCACAAUCACUGAGCCACGUCUACCAACCCUCGGUUUGCACCUCAAUCACUGCACCACAUCCCCGCCGUCCUCACGGCCCCGGAGAAACCAGCUGCUAGCCCACAGCUAAGACAACAUUCAGCUUUGCUCUCUGUGUGCUUUUAGGAUCUUAUUUUCGUCUCCAAAUUGGUAAGUGGAAGCAGGGGGCACGUGGAGCUUCAGGCAGAGAUCAGGCAAGAGAAGAAAUGGGAGACGAACGUAAGGAUAAGAUGGACUCACAUUCCCCAUCUGAAGAGGAGCUGGCGCAGAAAAGAUGGAGACAGAAGGUGGUACGGGCAGAGACCUGGGUGGGGGGGCGGGCAGUGUGCCCCUGCCUCCACCUGCCAGGCUCUUCUCUGUAGCUCAGCGAGUUACUUCGGGCUGGGAGGAAGUGGUCCAGAGAACAACAGUCCCCAUAAUAAGAU